GCUCAAUCAAAACAACUGUCAUGAAACAUAAACAAUAUUAAAAAUUUGUUAAUUAAAAGUAUCAAAAUUCAACCACAUACACAAGAAUUCAUAAAAGGACAUACAAUGAUUUGAGCUACUCAAUUAUUCUUUAUUUUGCAUAAUAAAACUACUUGAAUUAAUGAACAGUAAGAAACAAGUAUUCAUAGACAAGAUGUUCAUAUUUUUCAAGACCUCAGCUUGACCAUUCAUUUCGGAAAAGGUAAGAAAAAAACAUUACCUAAUGGUCAAAGACUUAGAAUUAAUUUUAGUGUGUAUCCAAUACAAAUAAUGGAAUAACAAAACAUCCAAAAUGAUGAGAAUUUUUUACUUGCAUCAAAUUUUGUGUUUGAUCAAAACUCAAGGGUUCAUGGAAAAAUUAUUUGUCCCAGUUCGAAGCAAUUAUGAUUUUUUAUUAUCUUAUGUGCCUCUAAAUUUCCCCAUAUAGGUCAAGCAAAGCAACACAUAAGUAAGAAGAAGAACAAAAAAAAAAUAUAUGCAAUCUCUAUCUUGUCGUGGAGAUUAACCACCAAAUCAUGAGCAUGAUCACUAACAACUGUACAAUCAAUUAAUGUGCAGUAUUAAUAUAUAUUCUAGUCACUUAAUAUAUGCCUCUCCCUAUUCAUUUUCUUCUUAUUUUGUUGGUUUCAUUCAAGUAUGGGUCUAUGUAUUAGACAGUGUGGGAAUUUUGUACUAAACAGAACCAAAUAAACAACUAAAACACAACAAGCUAGUAAGCAAGAGCACAAUCAAAUGCAAGAUUAGAAAAAUUGAGAAUUGAACAAUGCAGAAAACAAUAAACAACACCAAUGAUUAUACUGGUUCAAGACCAAUAGAUCGAUGUGAUCUAUGGCUCUAAUCCAGUUCUGGAACACCACCAACUUCCUCUUUAUUGAUAAGAACAAUUUCUUGGUACAAUACAGUCAAGUAGAUUCAACUCUCUUGGAUCCUCUCAAAGUGCUUGUCUUUCUCUCAAGAACACUCAGACCCGAGCUUGCAUAUUCAUCAACAUAUGCAGCUCAUUACAAAACCCAAGAACCCUAAUCUCACUCUUUACUCUGUACCCAAACUCUCUCUCUUUCUUGCUCUUUUUCUGUGUUACAAAUGAGGAGAAUGAAACAGUAUUUAUAGGCAGCUGAAUACGAGUGGCCUUGAUAGAUUUUCAGCUGAGAUGGAUCAGUUAGUUAAAACCAGGAAACUAACUGACAUAACUGACUUUCUGUUGCUAAUCAUUUAUAGGAACUAUACCACAGACAGUAUUGAGGGAAGGGUUUUUAGUGGUUUUAUUUUAUUUUUCUUGGGAUUGGGAGAGGUUUUUUUUGACAUUGGCAAAGCAAAUAAGCAGCAGGAGGUUGGGUGUGUGGCUAGGACUAGAUUCCUUUCCAUAGAGGCAUUAACAAUCAAACAUGGAUGACAAUAAAGGACCCAAUUCUAACAUGAGCAAGACAAGGAGUGAAGAAGAUGAGGAGUUGAAAGUCACAGCAGGCAUUUUAUUAUGUUUGUUUCCCACCUAAAGUUGAAAAUAGAAGUUGGAAAAUGACUUGGGUAAAUACCUACUAAUCUAGUCUAAAAAGCCUCACCCCAAAUCCCUCCACAACUACCAAAAAAAAAAUCACUAAUCUAGUAAUCUUGGGAAAGUUUUAAGGAACCAACAGACACAUUGUUGGUGCGGCAAACUCUGAGUCAAAAUCUUCUACUAGAGAGUUGAAAAAAUCAUCUAAGGUUGUUAAAGAAGUUAAAAGGCUCAAAAAGAACCUCGGGCAAUAUAUGAAGAACUGUUGUUCAUGUUCUCUGGUAAAAUGCAGCUGCAAAAGUGAUAAGGCAAGCAGGGGAAGCAGCGCAACCAACAGAAAUGGAGAUGUGCACUCAACAGAUUAUGGCAGUAAGAAUAAUGAUAAACCUGUCCUAUGUGUAUACCAGAGGAGACAACAAAAAAUUUCAUUCUUACCUACACCAUGAAUGUGUCCAGUUCUAAUUUGUUGGUCAAACAUCUUAUAUUAGACAGAGAUGGCUGGAAUAUGGAUUUACUCCAAAUACAUUUCAAUGUGGUUGAUCAAGAAUGUAUUUGUUCUAUUCCAAUUAGCAGAUUUUUUAAGGAUGAUAGUUGGUUAUGGAAUUUUACCAAUGACGACAAUUACUCGGUUAAAAGCGGAUACUCUUUGGCCACUCAUUUAGCUUUUGGUGUUCCCUCUCCAUCUAGAGCAUUUUUUUUUUGGAAUGGUGGAAAAAGAUCUGGAAGAUACAUUUACCAGACAAAAUUUUACAUUUUUUCGUGGCGGGGCUUCCAUGACAUUUUACCUACGCCAGUUGAGCUUUAAAAUACAAAAGUAUUACCUAAUUCAAGUUGCCCUCUAUGUGGUUGUCCUGGAGAUUCUAAUGGUCAUGCUAUAUUUUGGUGUUAUGGGGUCAUGAAGAUUUGGAGAUUGUUACGCUUCAAAUUUCUGCAAGGAGUGCUAUUUGAUGUCUCUUUUCAACAAGUGAUACUCAAGGCUUCUGAGGUGCUUACUCAAUCUGAGUUUGAGAUAUGUAUACUAUCAACUUGGUAUAUUUGGGGGAAAGGAACAAUAUUACUCAUGGUCUACUUCCACAAUUACCUCAGAUUGUUGGGAUCCGAAUUAAAUCUUUGUUUUAGUUGAAGAUCUUUGGUCACUCUCCAAACUGAGUUUGAGUGAGUCUUUGGUCACCAUCACUGUUUUGUUCUGAACUUGUUACAAAUGCCAGGCUUAUUUCCCAAGCAGCCAAGCUGGGAACACAAGGAGCCCCACUCUGUAGAUUGUUCUCUUGUGAAGAGUUGAGAGAAGCAAGAAACAACUUUGACAAGUACAUAUUUUUGGGUGAGAGCUUCACAGGAAAGUGCAGGGAAGUGAAAUUGUGGUUGGCAAUGGGUUGUGGUUGCUUUGGUGAUUUGAAUUGGGAGCCAAAGACUCCAGUGAAUAAUAUGGAUGAAAUUAAGAGAAUGAACUGAACUGACUGAGAACUCUGAACUCCAAACUCAGCAGUAUCAGAUUUGGUCAUUUAGCCAUGACAACCCCUUACCCAACUCCCAUCACCCCAGCCAAAACCCGUAUAGGCUGGAUCGGUAUCGGCGUAAUGGGCGCCGCCAUGGCCUCUCGCCUCCUCUCAGCCGGCUACUCUCUCACCGUUUACGCCCGCACCCCUUCCAAAGCCCUCUCCCUCCAAUCUCAAGGCGCUCACCUUUCUGAUUCACCGGCUGAACUCGCUCGCUCCACGGACGUUGUUUUCACAAUGCUGGGGCACCCAUCAGAUGUUCGGUCAAAUGUCUUAGAAAAUAAUGGCGUUUUAUCCGGCCUCAGUCCCAGCUGCGUUACCGUCGACAUGACUAGCAGCCACCCGGUACUUGCGCGGGAGAUAUUCGCGGCGGCGCGUGAGAAGAAUUGCUGGUCUGUUGAUGCUCCUGUAUCAGGGGGCGACAUUGGCGCCAGGGAAGGGAGAUUGGCUAUACUUGCAGGCGGUGAACGUAGUGUUGUUGAGUGGCUAUCGCCUUUGUUUGAGAUUAUGGGAAAGGUUACUUACGUGGGCACUGCCGGGUCCGGACAGAGUUGCAAGAUAGGGAAUCAGAUCGUUGUCGGGGCAAAUUUGAUUGGUUUGAGUGAAGGUUUGGUGUUUGCAGAGCGAGCCGGAUUGGAUACGAGACAGUUUUUGGAGGCGGUGAGAGGUGGGGCUGCAGGAUCAAUGGUGAUGGAGUUGUUUGGCGAGAGGACUAUUGAAAGAGACUUCAGGCCUGGUGGAUUUGCUGAGUAUAUGGUGAAGGAUUUGGGGAUGGGGGUUGAUGUUGUGGAAGAAGGUGAUGAUGGGAGAGUGGUGGCUUUGCCUGGGGCUGCAUUGUGCAAGCAGUUGUUUUCUGGGAUGGUGGCUAAUGGUGAUGGAAAACUUGGUACUCAAGGACUCAUCACGGUAAUAGAAAGGAUCAAUGGAAAAUGAGACCUCUUUACAUGAUGAUGAGACAAGCUUUGGAAUCUAGAGUUGAUUUGUGACAUGGAGCCCAAAUAAAAUUGGUUUGAUUUGGUGACAGUUGUGAAUGAAGUUGACUUAUGGACAGGCGCUAGCUAGAGCCUUCACCAAACAAUUUCAUGUCCUUCGUUCUCAGUAUGACAAGAACUUCUCUUAACUCCAUAAUAAAAUAUGCUUGUGUAUAAUCUUUGGAGCUCAUUAUGUGUCUCUUUGUAGACGUGUUUGCGUUCAUAUGUUUACUUGUGAAUUCAAAUCUGCUAUACCUUUUAAGGAAGUUCAAUGUUGGGAAGCAAAAAAUUAGAUUCUUCAUUCUUGUAUGCCUUUGUAUACUACUUCAUCUUGGAAAGUCACUAGAUGUUCAUUACAGAUGUUGUAGCUAAUCUAAAUGGAUUAUAUAUAAACUUUUAUCUAUUUGUUUUCUCAA